CAUUGUGAUACAGGUCCGUGUGUCAAUGGCUACUGUCACAGUUCAAACUUUGAUAGAGGAAAGCCACACUGGUGUAUAUGUGAUCCUGGCUAUACUGGACAGGAAUGUAAUACUAAGCAUGUCUGUACACGAGCGAAGAUUUCGGUGGCUGGAAAGUGCUAUGACCUUAUCAACAAUAACUUAGUGCAUCACAAUCUCAGUCAUGUAGCGGAAUAUAAUUUUGCAGGUUCUAUAUACCCAUUGAACGAAGAUUGCAUUGUGUCCACCUCCUCCAAUCCUUUGGUAAGAGGAGUUUAUUGCUAUUGUGGACAAACACAGGCGUUGCUGUAUUCCAAUCAUUCACUCUCCAUGUGCGGAUGUCAAGGUGGACAAAUGCGAAAACUUGAUGGAAAAUGUACAGAUAUGAGUCUCUGUAUUCUGUCCGACUAUUGUGUACAUGGAACUUGCUUGAACACUACAUUAAUACCCACAUGUGUCUGUGAAAGUGGAUACACAGGACUGAGGUGCGAUAAUAAAACAGUUCAUCAGAAUAAAUAUUGCAAUGGGAAACUAUGUAACCACGGUGUAUGUGUUGGAACAUUCUGUUUAUGCGAUAUGGGAUGGGAAGGUGAACUUUGUGAUUCCUUACAGCAGUGUCAAGAUGGAUACUCUACCUUUUCUCAAUGUUAUCCAUAUGAUAAGGAUGUAACCUUUGAUUUAUGUCCAAUUGAUACUAUUCGUAAUUGUCACACAUGCUGGUUGUACCCGUUCACAAAAAGUGGAGUCAUAUGUGAUAUCACUUCAGAAGGAGAAAAUCAUACCAAUAUCAGGCUACAAUUAAUUGAUGGCUCCUUUGUGGAAAGAAUCAACAAGGACCACGAUGAAAAGCUAGGGGGUUGUUUUCCUCCUGAUUCCUUGGUAAUUGGGGUUAAUAACAAAACCAUCAAGAUGAAAUCUCUGAGAGUCGGCGAGACCAUCUUAACUGUCGAUGCACAUGGGAGAUACACAUAUACUAAAGUUAUACUAAUGUUCCACAACGACAGCAAAGGCAAGCUCAAAUACCGUAAGAUAGUAACUGAAAACGGACAUUCUAUUGAAAUAAGUCUCGAACAUUUAAUAUAUACGGCAAAAAGACGAAACGACAAAAUUGAGGUCAAAGCUGCUGGAAACAUCAAAGAAGGAGAUUUCAUUCAUGUGUUCGAUAAAUACAGAGGAUAUACAAAAGCUGCCCGCGUCGUUCGUAUAUCUGAAGAAGUGAAAACCGGACUAUACGCACCUUUGACAGAAACUGGAAAUCUGAUUGUCGACGACCAUCUGGUAUCAUCGUAUGCUACCUAUGAGGACCAAGACAUUGUACAUUUGAUGUUUUUGCCCUGGCGAUUAGCGUUCAAGUUCAACGCCUGGAUGUGGGAUCAGGAACCAUAUUGGCCAAUCGAAAGUGGGGCGCAUUGGUCUUUGAAAGGUUUCUUUAUGUUUGCAAAUCUUCGCUGUUACCUCUUCAAUGAAGAAUACUGCGAGUACAUGAAUUUCUAAAAUACCUCAAUAAAGAAGUUAGCAAUUUAGUCA